UCAGACAGGUUUAUGCAUUUCAGACAGGCGACAUAAUAACUGGUGUCAACAGAAUUUCUCCAUCCGUUCGACUACGAGGACCAAUCAAGCUGAUAGUUGACGAUCGGACAGGUUUAUGCAUUUCAGACAGGCGACAUAAUAACUGGUGUCAACAGAAAAUCUCCAUCCGUUCGACUUCGAGGACCAAUCAAGAAUGAAGUCUAUCGGAGGCUAUCAGAUUCUCCCAGGAGUUUGGGUAUUUUUCCUUCUGCUUUUCAAGCAGACGAUUGCUCUUUCACCAGACGAGAUCGCAGCAUUCGGUGCCAGAACACACACAGAUCCAAACACGGGUCUUCAAGGAUUCAUAACGAUCACGGAAUACGAUGAACUUAACUACGUCAUCAUGGCCAACGGCAUCCCUGACCACGAGGCAGGCCCUUAUCCGAACGACCAGGACUCCAGCGUGAUCAUCGAGCAGGAUUUUGUGUAUUAUAUUCUGAAAACGCCAGUGAAAGCGAGCAAUGUGACCGAGCUCCCAAUGGGAACCAUAGGCUUGGCUCUCAAUGGUGUCCCCUACUUUAACCCAUACACCCGUAUUGGGACCGACGCGGUGGAGAAUGAGCUUUUCGAUUCUUGCGACGGUCACCCAACUCCAGAGGCGGGAACAUACCACUACCACGACCACCCCGGUUGUGUGUUUGACUUCGAGAGUGGAGUGGCGUCCGAGGUCGUUGGCGUCGCAUUGGACGGCUAUCCCAUCUACGGACACAACGAUGAGAACGGCAAUGAACUAAUGUCUGCGGACUUGGAUGACUGCCAUGGACGAUGGGUAAAUGGAAGCUACCAAUACCACAUCACCGAAGACUUCCCUUACAUAAUGGGCUGCUAUACAGGCGUGGUUGACGAGCGAAAUAUGAUGGGAGGUGGUGGUCCUCCAGAUAGACAGGAUCCCAGCGGCGGUCCUCCUGGACAGGAUCCCAGCGGUGCUCCUCCUGGACAGGAUCCCAGCGGCGAUCCUCCUGGACAGGAUCCCAGUGGCGCUCCUCCUGAACAGAAUCCCAGCGAUGAUCCCGGCGGCAAUGCCAUGACAUUAACUUGCCGUGGCUAUGUACAACUGUUGCUUCUUGUCGUUAGUCUAUCCGUAUUGUUCUAGUAACGGCUGGAAAGUGCAUCCCAUGGAACUGAAAUGGUUCAUUUGACUGUGACAUAGGCCUUAAAGGUAAUACAAAGUUUUGGGAAAUUUUGAAAAUUGGGUGGAUAGUG